AUGUUGAGAACCAGGUGUGGUAUCCUCGAAUUCAAGUCCUACAUCAAUGAUUUCGGCUAUACGGACCAAACCACCGUCAGCGCUGUGAUGGUAAGCUUGCAAAAUGUAGGCGCAUUCCUGUCGGCCCUGGGCAUAUUCUGGGUGUCCGAACGGUACGGGCGAAAGAAAACAGUCCAGGCAGCCAUGGCCGUGUUCUGCAUCGGUGUAGUUUUGCAGGUGGUACCUUCACACUCACUCGUUUGGUUCUAUAUCGGCCGAUUUGUCGCUGGUCUCGGUCUCGGUGCAGGCACUGCGGUCGUCCCAGCAUACAACGCCGAAAUGGCACCCAAGGAAAUUCGAGGCAAGCUCGGCUCGGGAAUGCAAUGGUUCUUCGCACUCGGUGUGAUGCUGAGCUACUGGAUUGAUUACGCUGUGAAGCUCACACUGCCCGUCUCUUCGAAGCAGUGGCAGAUUCCCGUUGGUCUCCAGAUGGUGCCAGCUGGAGUUCUUGCACUGGGUCUGUGUGGUAUGCCCGAAAGUGUGCGUUGGCUGGUCAAAAAGGGCCGUUAUGAUCAAGCUUGGGAAAGUCUGAAAUGGAUGCGAGCUAGUGAAGGUGGUGACAUGCCCUGCAGAGCGAUAACGGGACAUAGGACUAAUCAGCUCUCAAUAGGCUCCGAAGUGAAGGCAGAGUUUAACGAAAUCCGAGUCGGUCUUGAGGAAGAGUUGCGAGCAACCGAGGGCUUUAAUAAGCGCGAACUUCUCGAGCCCGCAAACCGCUACAGACUGCUCCUCGCCAUUUUCAUGUUUUGUGGUCAGCAAUGCACUGGUAUGACCGCGCUGGCUUACUUCGGCCCGCAGUUCUUCAAACUGAUAGUCGGCAACAACACCAACCAGUCCCUUCUCAUCACUGGUCUUUUCGGCGCCGAGAAGUUCAUUACUGUUGGUAUCUAUAUCUUAUUCUUCUCCGAGAUGUGGGGACGCAAGCCGACCCUUUGGAUUUCAGCUCUAUUGAUGGCCAUUUGCUUCAUUAUUGUUACAGUCGUCAAGGAAACAACGCCGGAGCCCGAUGCAAAAGCUACCCCGGCUGGUAUUGGUAUGGUGGCUAUGAUCUUCCUGACCAACUCGAUCUACCAAUUCAGUUGGGGGCCAUUACCGUGGCCAUACACCGCCGAGAUCUUCCCAACACGAAUUCGGGGGAUUGGAACCUCGGUCGCUGUAUCAACACAGUGGCUUUUCAACUUUCUUUUCUCGCUCGUGACGCGCUACAUGAUGAAUUCGUGGGGCAGUUAUGUGUUCCUUUUCUAUGCGAUCCUGGAUAUCAUCAUGGCAAUCAUUGUCUUCUUCUUUGUCAAAGAGACGAAAGGGAAAAGCCUUGAAGAGAUGGAAACAAUCUUCCACAGCAAGGCUGCAUUUGAUGUUGAUGCCGUCCGACGCGAAACGAUUGAUGCGGAGGAAGUUAAUGUUAAUGUACAGAACAAAUCCGUAGGCCUCCCUUGA